UGUUUCGAAUAGUAACGCUUCCCUUAACUUUUAUAAUAACCAUUAAAAGCGUUAAGAGGUACAAAAAAAGCUUCGUCAAAAUGUGUUAACAGAAAGGUUGGCAGCAACCAAGUCAAGUUUUUACUUCGUGUUUGUUCGUUACGAGUCAACAUGUUCGAGCCGGACACCGCGGCUAUCCUCCCCGGCGAUGAGGAGCUGGAAGCCGGCGACGUAGCGGACAACGCCGCGGCCUCUUUCGGCCACUCGGAGGACGAUUUGCAGUUGCCGCCACCGAGCGCUCGGUCAGCGGGGCCGCCGUUCGCAUGCCCUCUGCCGGUGUCGGUGGAGCCCGUUAUGUUCCUGUCCGUGUUUGCUGUGGCUCUACAAGCGCCGCUAUUCACUCAGUAUCUGUGGGACAGAAUCAGCGAGGACGUCGGCUACAACGCCUCCAAGAGGCCGGCAUGUGGAAACAGCUCCGCCAAACCCGACGCUCUUGAAAAGGAGGUGGAAACCCUGACAGCACACUGGAACUUUUAUAUCAAUCUAGCAGGCUUUUCUCUUGGCCUGCUAGUGGUUCCUCUCCUGGGCUCAUGGAGCGACUUUGCCGGUCGGAGGCCAGUCCUCAUCAUCCCCUGCGUGGGCCUGGCCAUCCAAGUGGUGGUCUACUUGGUGGUGAUGUACCUGAAGCUGCCCGUGGCCUAUCUUCUGGUAGGCAGACUGCUCAGUGGACUUUCGGGCGACUUCAACGCCAUCCUGGCUGCCUGCUUUGCAUAUGUGGCGGACACCAGCGACAGAAAGGCACGCACCUUCAGAGUGGCGGUUUUGGAGUCUUGUAUCGGUCUUUCAGGGAUGUUCGCCAGCAUCAUUGGAGGCCAGUGGAAGCGGAUGCAAGGCUAUAUCAACCCCUUCUGGUUGGCUCUGGCCACUAGCCUGGCGUCAGCUCUGUACGCGUUCCUGUUCGUGCCAGAAUCGGUCGUGAAAGACCCGAGCGCCAAGCUUCUCACCCUCCGCCACCACAAGGCCGUGUGGCACAUUUUCUCCACCGGGGGCAACGAGGCGGGCGGUAGGUUCCGGAGAUGCGCACUGUGGCUCUACAUGCUCUGCUUUUUCCUGGCGGUGACCGUGCACACCGGGAGCCGCGAGCUGUUUGUUCUGUACGAGCUGAGCCCGCCGCUGUGUUGGGGGCCGGCCCUCGUCGGCUACGGCUCGGCGGCCCUCCACCUGGCCUACCUGAGCAGCCUGCUCGGGCUGAGGUUCCUGCAGUACUGGCUGGAGGACUCGUGGGUGGCCGUCAUUAGCCUGGCCUCCAACAUCGCCGGGCUGGUGGUUUUCUCUGUGGCCUACAACACCCAGCUCGUGUUCACAGGUUACGGUCUAUCCUUCCUCUUUGUGGCUGUCACACCUGUGCUGAGGUCCAAGCUGUCCAAGUUGGUGAGCCAGUCCGAGCAAGGUGCACUCUUCUCCGCCGUGGCCUGUGUGGAGACUUUGUGUUUCCUGGUGGGCAGUGGUCUUUUCAACUCCCUCUACCCAGCCACCCUGCACUUCAUGAAGGGCUUCGCCUUCCUCCUCGCCGCCCUCAUCCUCCUCAUCCCCGCGGGAAUAAUCGGGAGCCUGCGAUGUUUGGAGCGGCGGGAACAAAGAGACUCCACAGCGUCCUGAGCCGCAAGAUGGCAAAGAUGUGGCGUUCCUCCUGUAGUGUGUGUCAGGUGAGCGCACCUUAGACUUGCGAUCAACCCCACAUGUUGUACUCGAAAGUGGGAAGAACCAAUCAUUUAGUGACUGAUCGAGAACAUGAACACUGACGGAAAAAAAGAUUUUAACUUCACAGUUGGACCAUUUUUAAAGAUGUUUUUAUGCUUUAUUCCUUGGAUUGAUGUGAAUGUAUCAAAUGUGCCCUCAAAUAUAUUUUUUAUUAAUUUUAAA